AGCAUCUUGCCCCCACACGAUCCAAAACUGUUUUGUAGAUUGCUGCCAUGGUGAAGGAUUUGGGAGAGGCGGAUUUUGCCUUUCUAACAUCUGCAGAAGGCGAAGUGGCUCGGUUGGCUAAUCGGAUGCAAGUCCUAGCAUGUACCAUAGUGUAUCUUCUUGGAGAUUACUACGUCCAGAGACUCACGCUGCGUGCGUCGGUGAUCAACUCAAGACUUGUUCCGUAUCUCGGAGAUGAACUCCAUGAAGCGACCCUGUUCUUCGUGGUUGCCACGUCCUUUGCCGUUGCUGGCAGCCGUGGGGCCUUUGCGCCCUUGCUUUGGCUUUGCUCUUCAAUUGGUCUGGCAGUGCAAUGGUGCUUACACCUUCAACAUGUGAGACAACAUGCAGAAGAGGCGGCCACCUCCAUUUCCCUGGCUUUGAUCUUUGCUGGGCUACUUGCAGUGUGGGCCAGCUGCCUUGCCUGUCCGAUGCCUUGAGGGCUCACCGAUCGCGUUGUUGGAAGACAGACAUCGAUGGAGAGCUCAUCCUUUUUUGGAAAGAAAGAUCGAGAGCUCAUCUCGACUUGGCUUGGCCCCCCAAAAAGAUCAAAAAAGCAGGCAAAUGCUGUGGCUGCUGGCGAUCAGGAAAGAACCCAAGUGCGGAGGCACUGAGAGUCUCAGUCGACAUGGUCAAGACAUGAGGAUGUUGUUCUUUUAUGUUCUUUUGUUUUUGGUACCUCCACCAUACAACUUCAGCACCUGGAUUUCUGCGAAUCUGCCAGGUGAAUGAAGCUGUCAAUGGAGGUUGGACUGAUGAUCCAAACGCCGUGACUCGAGUCAUCCCUGCUCUCAGGUGGCAAGCCGCUUGCUUCAUGAAAUCGCGACGCAUGCGACGCGCGCAGAGACAUGUCUCCGUCUCACCGCUCGCAGAGCUCUCGCUGAGACAUGUUCGUUGAAACUGGGUCCACCGGACCCGGUUGUCUACGACGUCUGGCCGGUCUGGGCGGAGCGGAGAUGUGGAGGACGAAAAAGGGCCGUGACAAAGACGUGCAAAUCCGAGUCGCCGAGAUCAGAGUCCCUGGACGUCGGACCACCUCGCAGGACUCAAUGUUAAUAUCUAGCUGUGGGUCAUGGCACCCCGGACUCCUGGUUGACCUGCGAUGUAUCCGGAACCGAGGCACCUCUAGAACUCGGGAUGUCAACCUCCCCCGGUUUGUAGGGUGAGGUAUGGUGAGGUCUUGACCCAGGCCAUGAGUGAUCCUUCCUGUCACCCCCGCAGUACAAAGAAGAAGUCCUCCGA